AUGCAUGCUUGAGGGGUGGUGUGUAUCUUCAAGGAUGGGGGUGUGUGUCACCAAGGAGCAGGGUUGACUUUGACUACAUCAGGUUUAAACCUUCUGCAGAAGCGUUGGGUUUCAUUCUGCUUUAGCCUGCUCUUUUCCUCCUCUCCUCUGUCGCUCUGUCUCUCUCUCUCUUUCUCCGUGUGUCCUCCUCAUCACCUCCUUUCUUCACAACCUCCUCACUUGACAAGGCAAGGCUCCAUCCCGACCAUCUUCUACGCUCUCGAGUGAGACCGGCUCCGUCGUUUCAGCACAUUUUCCUCUCGAACCACAGCCGGCAAAAUGGAGGCGAUCAAGAAGAAAAUGCAGAUGCUGAAGGCGGAUAAGGAGAACGCCUUCGAUCGUGCAGAGCAGGCCGAGACAGACAAGAAAGUUUCAGAGGACAAGUGCAAGCAGUUAGAGGACGAGCUGCUGGGGCUGCAGAAGAAACUCAAAGGGACAGAGGAUGAAGUGGAUAAGUACUCCGAAGCCCUUAAAGACGCCCAGGAGAAACUGGAUCUGUCUGAGAAGAAGGCCACAGAUGCUGAGGGCGAAGUAGCUGCUCUGAACCGCAGGAUCCAGCUAAUUGAGGAGGAGUUGGACCGAGCCCAGGGGAGACUGAGCACUGCGCUCCAGAAACUGGAAGAAGCAGAGAAAGCAGCUGAUGAAAGCGAGAGAGGAAUGAAGGUGAUCGAGAACCGUGCUACGAAAGACGAGGAGAAAAUGGAACUCCAGGAGGUACAGCUUAAGGAGGCCAAACACAUCGCUGAAGAUUCGGAUCGCAAGUACGAUGAGGUGGCUCGUAAGCUGGUGGUCAUUGAGACUGAGUUGGAGAGAGCAGAGGAGAGGGCAGAGGUUGCUGAACUCAAAAGUGGAGAUCUGGAGGAGGAACUUAAAAAUGUCACUAACACUCUGAAGUCUCUUGAAGCCCAGGCUGAGAAGUACUCCGAGAAAGAAGAGAAGUACGAGGAAGAGAUCAAUGUUCUCAAUGACAAGCUGAAAGAGGCCGAGACGCGCGCUGAGUUCGCAGAGAAAACCGUGUCCAAACUGGAAAAGACUAUUGAUGACCUCGAGGAUGAAUUGUACAAUCAGAAAGUUAAAGUCAAGGCGAUUUGUGAAGAGCUGGAUCACGCCUUAAAUGACAUGACGACCUUAUAGACGAAUCUUCAGGAGUGUGUUGUGUCGGCUGUGCUUGACGUGAAGAACAAAAUUGCCUUAAAUCUCAAAUCUAUAUCAAAUUAUAUAUAUAAUAUAUAUAUAUAUAAUUAAAAAAUGCAGGCCACACAAUACAGGUGCUACUGAAGCAUUGAAAAGGGGAGCUUCGUUACGGAGCUCUGGAUCGGCUCUGACCCAGUUCACAAGCUGCUACACCGCAUAAAACCCUGCUUCGGCUCCUGAGCCCAUUCAACUGUGCUUUCCCUCUUUGUCUUUUUUCUUUUUCCUCUGUCGUUUUCUUUUCUAUAAGUGUGCCUGGAUUCUCUGUUACAGUGUUCUGGGGCCUGGCUUUAAUACCAAAGUCUUAAUAAAGAGCUUAAUAAAGAGAAUUAAGUAAUUGUGCCAAAAAAUAAAUAAAUAAAUAAAUAAAUAAAUAAAGCUUCUUUUCAACAUCUCCUUUCUCUUUUCUCUUUCUGCUGUCUCUUUCUUUCCUUCCUUUGUGAAAUUCUGGGUAUUUUUAUUGGUAAUCCUGGGCAUUUUAAAUGUCUCAUAGAAUAAACAUUCUUAUAUAGAAUCAUGACUACAUCCAGUACACCAAAGACACCCAAAGAUUUCCAAAUCUGGGCCUCAGGAUCCAGGCCUUAACUCAAGAUAAAGUGGUAAAAGAGCUUCUUUUCACGCUCACCAUUCUCCAGCAUCGUUCAAAGUCAUAUUAAUGAAAAUCCAAUAGAGACAGCAGACUCAAAGUUCAAUUCAAUUUUAUUUGCGUAGCAUUUUUAAUAAUGCACGAUGAUGUCGCAAAUUAGCUUAAAAUGUUAGAAUGAACAUGGUAAAAUUUCCGUUUAUUUUUAUCUCUAAUGAGCAAAGCAGAGGUGGAAGUAUAUGGAAAACCCCCCUGUGAUGAUAUGAGGAAGAAACCUGAACAGGAACCAGACUCAUAAGAGAAUCCUCCCUCAUCAGGGUGACCCCAGAGAGUGCGAUUAUAAAUCAUUUCCUUUUUAGAACUAUACACAGACCAGUAUGACCACCCGCCUAAUAUUGUGUUGGUCCCCCUUUCGCUGCCAAAACAGCCCUGACCUGUCAUGCACUGUGUAUUCUGACCCCUUUCUAUUAGAACCAGCAUUAACUUCAGUUUGAGCAACAGUGUCUCGUCUGUUUAUUCGGAUCACACGGGCCAGUCUUCACUCCCCACGUGCAUCAAUGACCCUUGGCCACCCAUGACCCUGUCGCUGGUUCACCACUGUUCCUUCCUUGGACCACUUUUGAUAGAUACUGACCACUGCAGACUGGGAACACAACACAAGAGCUGCAGUUUUGGAGAUGCUCUGAUCCAGUCGUCUAGCCAUCACAAUUUGGCCCUUUGUCAAACUCACUCAAAUCCUUACGCUUGCCCAUUUUUCCUGCUUCUAAAAUCAACUUUGAGGACAAAAUGUUCACCUGCUGCCUAAUAUAUCCCACCCACUAACAGGUGCCAUGAAGAGGAGAUCAUCAGUUUUAUUCACUUCACCUGUCAGUGGUCAUAAUGUUGUGCCUGAUUAGUGUAUAGUCAAGAGCAAUUGUUUAAACUGGAGCUUUUGAGUCAUUUAUGAGUUCUCUCUCAUCAGAGUAAAUUUAUUUAUGAAUUUAUUAUGGUUUUAACAUGAAAAGGUUUCAAAAUGAACACCACUGACAGGAAUAUCAGCAUGAAAGCUUUGGAAGCUGAUCUGUUUGCUCAUCAGCUAUGGAUGAGGAGGAAGGAGAGCUGGACAGACUAAAGGAAUAAAGUGUCGCUGCAUCACUCCUGUUUGGUAGAGAUGAAGAAGCAAUUGCUGAAGAUGUGUUCACACUCAGAAGUGUGAACUACAAAGUGAGAGGAAAAAAUGGUCGCCUCUUUAAAAAUGUGUGUCUGGUAGGCAACAUGCUAUCCGGCUAAUAUUAGUGAUCAUUGAGUGCGUUCAGUAUGAUAGAUUUAACCAACUACUGUGUCUCUGUUGUAUGAGAAUGUGGCACCUGAGAGGUUAAGGCAUUGGAGUGCUGAUCAGAAGGUUAUGAGUCCGAAUCCCAGGUCCACCAAGCUGCCACUGCUGGGCCCCUGAGCAAGGCCCUUAACACUCAAUUACUCAGAUGUAUGAAAUGAGAUAAAACUGUAUGUCACUCUCGAUAAGGGUGUCUACUAAAUGACAGAAAUGUAAAUCUAAAAUGAAUAAUACUAUAAAAAGUAAUAAAGUUAUCAUUCUUCUGGCACCUUUCCAAUAUUCAGAUUACAUUAAGGGCCGUUUUUCUUUGUUUUUUGCUAGUCUGAGGUUGGAAAUUCCUUUUAGAAGUUUCAAACUUUCAGUACAAAGGGCACCAAAAUGAGCAGAUAGUCGUGGGUAGCAUUGUGGGUAGUGUAGGAAACCAGGAAACUAUACGAAUCAGGUCUCAGUGUCAUCAGAGUUCUAUUCUAUGCUAUUCUAACUAGUAACAUUACUAUGAGUAGUCAUGGAUUAAAGUAAAGCAGAAAACAAACAUGGUUGCCUAGACAACAGAUGAAGAGUUUACUUUGGUGGUUUUGCACCAGAUCACACCUCCACAGCGCAGAGUUUUAUUCAGCUCAUGGUGUCAGAGGUGUGAAUAUGUCGAGGAAUUCCCCUGACGCUGACAGCUUCAUGAAUGGCAGCGAAAUGACUAAAAGAUUACAAGUUAAUCCAUAAACUGCGAACCAGCUCUCCAUAAGGUCAGUAAUGUGUUGCUGUAAAGUGACGCUGUAGACUGAAUGCAUAAAUGUU